CUUGACAGCUUCAUAUCAGACUGGUUCUGUCUAUGUGUCGGUUAUCAUGGAUUGGAUCACUCUCAUUCUCUCCUUGAUUGUAAUUGUAAUUUCAGCUCAUCUCUUAUUCUUUGAGCAUUACACAAAUGCUCCUCCAUGCAUAAAAGGAUGGAUACCAUGGUUUGGUGCAGCUUUAGAAUUUGGCAAAGCUCCUUUGGAAUUCAUAGCUGAAGCAAGAGCUAAGCAUGGUCCAGUCUUCACUGUAUGUGCUGCUGGCAAGCGCUUGACCUUUGUCACUCUCCAUGAGGACUUUCGCACCUUCUUCAUGUCCAAAGACGUGGACUUUGAGCAGGCAGUGCAGGAGCCUUGCUACAACACAGCAUCCAUCAGCAAAGAGAGUUUCUUCAAGUUCCACCCAGCAUGCAACGCUCUGAUCAAGGGCAGGCUGACCCCGGGGAACUCCGCCAUGUUGGCCAACCACCUGUGUGAGGAGUUCAACGAGCACCUGGAACUGCUUGGGGACAGUGGGACCAAAUGUCUCAGUGACCUGGUCAGGAGUGUCAUGUACCCAGCAGUUAUGAGCAACCUGCUGGGGAAGUGUAAUUCACCGCAGCAGAACAACUCCAUGAAGGAAUUCAAGGACAAGUUCGCCGUCUACGACGAAGGCUUUGAAUACGGCUCUCAGCUCCCUGACUUGUUUUUGCGGGAAUGGGCAAAUGCCAAGAACUGGUUAUUAUCACUGAUGAGGAACAUGGUGGUCAGAGCAGAGGAGGGUGAAGACACUGACACAGGCAGAAAGACUUUGCUGCAGCAUCUAGUUACAACGAUAACGGACAAGUUCCUUCCCAACUUCGGCCUUCUCAUGUUGUGGGCAUCCCUGGCUAAUGCAAUACCUAUAACAUUUUGGGCUGUUGCCUUCAUGAUGUCCAAACCCUCGACCUACAAGAAAGCCAUGGAGCAGAUAAAUGCAACACUAAAAAAUCAAGACACUAAGAACACCAGUGUGACGCUGGAGGACCUGCAGGAGAUGCCGUAUGUGAAGUGGUGCAUCCUGGAGGCCAUCCGGCUCCGGGCCCCUGGUGUCAUCACCCGCAGGGUGGUGCGGCCGCUCAAACUGCAGAACUACACUAUUCCUUCAGGAGACUUGCUGAUGGUGUCUCCAUACUGGGCACACCGAAACCCAGAGUACUUCCCUGACCCAGAGGAGUUUAAGCCAGAACGAUGGGAGAAGGCAGAUUUAGUAAAGAAUGUAUUCCUGGAAGGGUUCGUGGCAUUUGGAGGAGGCAAAUACCAGUGCCCAGGAAGUUCACUUUCAGUGUUUCCUACCUGCAUUUCCCCCAUUUCAGCUGUCCACUCCAUCUAAGAGAGAUGACUGUCACAGCCUGCAGUAGUGAUCAGUAGUUGGACAUCUUCUCCGUUCCCUUGUUUCCCAUUGGCUGUGUUGGCUCAGUGUCUCUUUUGGCUCUGGGGAAGGGGGAAAUAGAACCAAGAUGCUAUCUCUCCAAACAAUGGAGACCAGGCCAAGGACAAAGAAUGCAGGGAGGUGCACUGCAUCAAAAAACAUCAGUAAAAAUGCACAAAAAGAACAUUUCACUUUAGUGAACUUCACUUUAGAACUUCACUUUUUGCAUGAAAAGGUCUAGGGCUAGGUGGUGUUUAUUUGUUUGUGUUUAUAAACUAGCCUUUAUUAUUAACCGAUGCUAUGCAGCUAAUAGGAUAGCUCAUAGAGUAAUAAUGUAUGUGUUUUGUU